AAGUCUGAUUUGGAGAGAGCUCGAGCGGGGUCCAGAGGGUGGAACAGUGAAUCUUUCAACUUGCAAGUUUUUCAAGGAAAGAGAGCGAGAGAGGGAGGGGGAAAAAGCGCCCAGAACAGAAAAGAGGAGUUUGCAGCUGAGCGGGAUCGAUCGUUUGGGAAAAUUUCAGGAGGUCCUUCCGAUCCCUUCUGUGGGCUGUGGGCAGCGGCACCAGCAGCGGCGUCCACGCUCGGCGGGUCAGACGCGGGGCGCGGCGGGCGGGCGGCUGUGCAGCGGGGCCCGAGCGCAGCAAAGUCUUUUCCGCCCGGGAGCUUCGCGCUCGCGCCCCCUCCCUCACCCCGGCCUCUCCCUGCUCCCCCCUCCCCACCCCCACCCGGCCCUCUCCGGCGCGCGCCCCGCCACCCGCGCGCACUCGCUGGCGCUCCCCCUCGCGCACACACACAUGGUCGGCUCGCGGCAAAGUUUCGCCUGCUAUCGCCACUCCCGGAUCCUGCUGCAGUGUUCGAGGCGGUAACCUUGAACUUUCCCAGCGCGGUGACACAUUCUCCGAGCUUUCCCCACCGCCCGGCCUCCUGCGCCCCCCUCCCCGCCUUUUUUUUUUUUUAAAGCGUUUCAUCACCCACCACCACCCCAUACCCAUACCGAAUCCUCGAGCACCCCAAACCCCCAACAACAACAACAACAACAACUGCAAAGCAGAAAACAAAUCCCCCAAACCAGGCGACCAGCAGCCUGCACCGGCGGCGGCCUUGGAGAGCUCGGCCGGCGCGCGCGGACCGCAAGAGGGUUAAAACUGUAGAUUGGAUUUCACCCCGGGAAAUCUAGCUCGCCGAGUGAACUUGAAUCUUUGGCUAUUUAAGGAGGACUGGGUUUGUUGCGAAGUUGCGGUGAUCCAGCGCAGAGCCCUGUCCUGAUUGAUCGCAUCGCUGGGCUCAGAUGACUGUAAAAUGAAUAGAUGAAAUCCUUGCUUCUCGAAGAUUUUCUUGGGCAUCUCCGGGAAAGUGCGUUUUAAGGCGAAGUCAUGAUGUAUUCUCCCAUCUGUCUCACUCAGGAUGAAUUCCACCCAUUUAUUGAGGCACUUCUUCCACACGUCCGUGCAAUCGCCUACACUUGGUUCAACCUGCAGGCUCGAAAACGCAAGUACUUUAAAAAGCAUGAGAAACGAAUGUCAAAGGAUGAAGAAAGAGCAGUCAAAGAUGAGCUGCUCAGUGAAAAGCCUGAAAUCAAACAGAAGUGGGCAUCCAGGCUCCUGGCCAAGCUGCGCAAAGAUAUCCGCCAGGAGUACCGGGAGGACUUUGUGCUUACCGUGACUGGCAAGAAGCACCCGUGCUGUGUCUUAUCCAAUCCAGACCAGAAGGGUAAGAUUAGGAGGAUCGACUGCCUGCGACAGGCAGACAAAGUCUGGCGUCUGGAUCUAGUCAUGGUGAUCCUGUUCAAAGGCAUCCCUUUGGAGAGUACCGAUGGCGAGCGGCUCAUGAAGUCCCCACACUGCACAAACCCAGCACUUUGUGUCCAGCCACACCAUAUCACAGUAUCAGUUAAGGAACUUGACUUGUUUUUGGCAUACUACGUGCAGGAGCAAGAUUCUGGACAAUCAGGAAGUCCAAGCCACAAUGAUCCUGCCAAGAAUCCUCCAGGAUACCUCGAGGACAGUUUUGUAAAAUCCGGAGUCUUCAAUGUAUCAGAGCUUGUGAGAGUAUCCAGAACACCCAUAACCCAGGGAACUGGAGUCAACUUCCCAAUCGGAGAAAUCCCCAGCCAGCCAUACUAUCAUGACAUGAAUUCUGGUGUGAACCUGCAGAGGUCGCUGUCUUCUCCACCGAGCAGCAAAAGACCCAAAACUAUAUCCAUAGAUGAAAAUAUGGAGCCAAGUCCAACAGGAGACUUUUACCCCUCUCCAAAUUCACCAGCUGCUGGAAGUCGAACAUGGCAUGAAAGAGAUCAAGAUAUGUCUUCUCCAACGACAAUGAAGAAGCCUGAGAAGCCACUGUUUAGCUCUACAUCUCCACAGGAUUCUUCCCCAAGGUUGAGCACCUUUCCCCAGCACCACCAUCCCGGAAUACCUGGAGUCGCACACAGUGUCAUCUCAACUCGAACUCCACCUCCACCCUCGCCGUUGCCAUUUCCGACGCAAGCUAUCCUUCCUCCAGCCCCAUCAAGCUACUUUUCUCAUCCAACCAUCAGAUAUCCUCCCCAUCUGAAUCCUCAGGAUACUCUGAAGAACUAUGUCCCUUCUUAUGACCCAUCCAGUCCUCAAACCAGCCAGCCUAACAGCAGUGGUCAAGUAGUAGGGAAAGUGCCUGGCCAUUUCCCUCCUGUCUUGGCACCCUCUCCCCAUCCCACUGCAGUGCGGCCUGUGACCCUGACCAUGACAGAUACUAAACCCAUCACUACAUCCACUGAAGGUGAGGCAGCUUCACCUACAGCAACCACCUACACAGCCUCAGGCACACCUCAAGCCAAUCGAUAUGUGGGACUAAACCCAAGAGACCCAUCCUUCCUGCACCAGCAACAGCUGAGGAUUUGUGACUGGACCAUGAAUCAAAACGGCAGGCAUUUAUACCCCAGUACCAGUGAGGAUACAUUGGGAAUUACUUGGCAAAGUCCUGGUACCUGGGCUAGCUUGGUUCCUUUCCAAGUGUCAAAUAGGACACCCAUCUUACCGGCAAAUGUCCAAAAUUAUGGUUUGAACAUAAUUGGAGAACCUUUCCUUCAAGCGGAGACAAGCAACUGAGGGGAAGGAAACACAACAAUAGUCUAAGAAAAUUAGGGGAAAAAACACUCAAAGCAAAGGAAAAGAAGAAGACUGGAAGAAAGGGAGGAAGGAGUGAAGCUGAGGAAGAAGAUAUGAGGAAGCACUUACAAUCACUAGUUCCCUUAAGGUUGACGCUCUAACGACACGAAGGGUCGAUGAUAUCUCACGAUGCUAAACUGCAGCCCCCCCGCAACGUAGCCUUUGUUCAUGAAGUCCGCUGGGAAAUAGAUGUUCUGUCUCUAUGACAAUAUAUUUUAACUGACUUUCUAGAUGCCUUAAUAUUUGCAUGAUAAGCUAGUUUUCUUGGUUAGUAUUCUUGUUGUUUACGCAUGGAGUCACUAUUCCUGGUUAUCCCACCAAGGCUAGGAGGCGGCAUCAGAGGUGCUGGGGACAGAGCCAUGAGCCAGCCAUUUUAUAAGCACUCUGAUUUCUAAAAGUUAAAAAAAAAAUAUAUAUAUAUAUAUAUAAAAUCUCUGUAGCCUUUAGUUAUCCGUACAGAUUUAUUAAAUUUUGGCCCUUAACCCAGCCUUUUCCAGUGUGUAACCCAGUUUGAAAUCUUAAAAAAGGACAAAAAAAAAAAUGAAAAAUAGGAAAAAAAAAAACGGUUUGAACUCAAAGGCUCUAUGGAAGAAAUGCCUCUGUGUGGGUAAAGUGUUACCUCUGCAUGCAACAGUAAAAAUUAAUAUAAUAUUUUCCCCACAAAAGAAACACUUAACAGAGGCAAGUGCAAUUUAUAAAUUUAUAUCUAAAGGGGAAUUGUGAUUAUAAGUCCUUCAGCCCUUGGACUCUAAAUUGAGGGGAUUAAAAAGAAUUUAAAAUAAUUUUGAGCGAAUUUAUUUUCCCCUCAGUUUUUGAGGGCAUUUUUAAAAAAGGCAUUAAAUCAAGACAAAUCAUGUGCUUGAAUGGAAAAAAAAAUGAAUGAAAACACAGCACUUAGGUUGGCUUAGCUGCAGCCUCCUCAGAGGUCGAAUUAUUUAUUUAAAAUUACUGGUUGCAUCAAGAACCCAUAGGGUGUACAAACGGUUCUAUAAAAUCUGCAUCGUAGAGACAAAGAGGCAGGUAAAUCCAUGUCACCAGGGUAAAGCUCCCAGCGUCCAGGCUGGGAACGAAUGCCAGGGCAUAGGGGAGGGAAACACGCUCUUCAGAGAAGUGCCAUCGGGGUGCUGGCAACGUGCAUGGUGCUUUCAGACAUUAGCCUUGUUCAACCCAUCUCUCGUAUUGACAGAUCCAUAGUGUGCAUGGGCAGACACAUGUUGCCUCUAUGUCUCUUAAAAUUUUAAUUAAAAGUACUCUUUCCAGUAAUCCUAAUUUGCACGAAGAUAUAAUGUCCACAUUACGUGCCUUGCCUUGAAAUUUAAAAAAAAAAACAAAAGACAAAAAAAAAAACCACAAAAGUGACAUCACUACACUUGUUUUGCUGCAUUUAUUAUCGUUUUAAAUCUUUACCAUUUUUAUGAUGAAAUAUUUUGUACUCCAGACGAAGAACAAUGUGUGACAUCAUGGAUUUUUCGACAGUUACACCUUUAUCUCACGUUUAUAAAAGCAUAUCAUGGCUGUGUAUAGUUGCCGCUUCAAAGUUGUAAUCGACCAGCAAUAUUUUCAGUAUUUUGGUGUUUUUUCUAUUAACCUUUCAUGUUUUUCAUCUUCCAAUUAAUAUUUGGGGGGAGGGGUUUCAAAUUUAUACGAAUUAUGCAAUACCAAGUUUUGCCUAUGUAGGUAGUGCUUUUAGCUGUAUUGGUUAUUAUAGGUAAGUACACAGAUUUGAGGAGAAAUAAUGUAUGCUUUUUUUGUUUGUUUGUUUAUUUGUUUGUUUGUUUUAAUUGACCAAAGUGGGUACUGCUAUUUUUGCAGUGUGAUGAGGUCCUUUUGUGUACUGAGAGAUGGACAGGGGAUUUUUUUUUAAUAUACAUAUAUAUAUAUAUAUAUAUUCUGGGGGUGGGUGGGAGGAUUUUUAACACUUUACAGUGUGGCUGUGAAGCAGGACACCCUGAGAGGGGCCUGGGCUGCAAAGCGACUGUUCUGCCUACUGUAACAAACUUCAGCUUACACAGCCCCCCCCUCCCCAACAGCGUUCCCACCUGAGGUGCGAGCUGAACUCAUUUCUGGUUUUCAAGCUAAGAAAAUGGGAAGAAAAAGCAAGCACAGUGAAGCCUCCUAGGGGCAGACUUCAAACUGCCCUGUCUUGUUUUAGUUGUGAUGGAUAGUUUUUCCUGAAAGUUCCUAAUCCACAGUGGAAAGUGAGCCUGUCUCAUAUUUGGCAGAGACGUUUCUUGAAGUGCCCACGUAGCAGAUGUUGGCUGUUUCACACUUCUGAGUUUAACACAAGAGUUUAACACAAGAAUAAGCUUCCUUCUACCAAACACUCGCCCAUCUGGAGGGAGGGCUCCCCUCUCCUUCCCAGCCCCGUGUCAUUUUAUCAAUGGUAGGAGAUGAUGUUCCUGUGACUUAGGACUUCAAGUGGAUGGCAGUGCACUUGGGAGUUUGUUCUCUGACAUCCGGAAGGUUGGCUAGAGAGAGGGUGACUCUUAUUGAAUGUAUUUGGACUGAUAGAUUAAAAUCAAAGUUCAGUUUUUAAAGAACAAAAAUAAGUAAAUCCUUUUAUUUUACCUGCCCUUGUAAACGGAAAACUGGAGCAGAGAGAAAUAUAGACUUUUAAGCAACUAAUUUUCCUGUGGAUGAACUAAACCCGUUUGAUAAUGAUGGGAGGGGCUUCUUUUUAAGGGAUGGUACUUCAAAUAUAUAUAUUUUAGUUUCCCCUGAGGGCUGGAGGUGAAUGAAGGCCAAUUGUAUUUCGUCUUCCCCAACCUGGUCCUAUUGAGUGUAUCCAUUACUCCACGAAGAUCUUUCAGAAUUAGUGACAUACACAGUAGAUUGUCAUGAGGCUCUCCUGCCCCCAGCCCCCAUGCCAUGGCCUAAUAAAAUAAACUGUCAACUGUACGCAUAGCAGAUCAUUGACUAGCGAGUACUGUAGAAUGGUGCUCAUAGGCCUGAGCACUCUCUCUGACUAGUCCAUUCGGUUUGAUGUCUAAAUGCUGGAUAGCACAGUGGGACAAGGAAGCCCCACUGCAUCUGUGAUACUUGCUCUGCAGAUAGCAAAUCCUCCCAGCCAAGCUCUUUAUGUAUUUCUGACCUAUUUGGUGGAGAACGCAACCUUACAGGACACAGUAUUCUUUCCAGGCAGACUCCUUUUCCCGUGACCAGUGAAUGAACAAUUCUUGCUAAACGACAUGGCACACUGUGGCAUCCCUGCCUGCCUCUUGGGUACAGAGGCCUAGAGCAAGUGUUCCUUCUUUUCCUAAAUAAUUUUUCUUCUUUUUCCUUUUGAGAUAAACUUAUUAAAAAGCACUACUAUAGAUAAUCUCAAGUCCACUUUUAGCCUCUUUUUUUUUUUUUUUUU